CUGCGCGUCGGGUCCUCGGCUCCCUCAGAAGAGACCAGAGAGAGAGAGAGAGCUUCUUAAUGCCGGGUCUCCGGUAACAAGAAUAAGCGAGAAUCCGCCAACUGCGAUCCCCCCGACCGACCGACCCGCUGAAACCACAGCUCUCCCCGACCCCUUCCCCCCUCCCCAAUCCCCGCGACCUCCGUACGCAGACAUGAGCGGCAGCGGGCGGCCCAGGACCAGCUCCUUCGCUGAGCCCCCGGGAGGAGCCGUCGCCGGAUUGGCCGCCGCUGGGGGAAGCGGCGCAGGAAAAGCCGGGGUUGCGCAGGCCGCGGCAACCAGCUCCGGGUUUGGGAACCUCAAGCUCGGCAGGGACAGCGGGAAGGCCACGACAGUGGUGGCCACGCCAGGCCAAGGCCCGGACCGCCCACAGGAAGUGUCCUACACGGACGUCAAGGUGAUCGGGAACGGCUCAUUCGGAGUGGUGUACCAGGCACGGCUAGUCGAGUCCGGAGAGAUGGUCGCCAUUAAGAAGGUGUUGCAGGACAAGAGGUUCAAGAACCGCGAGCUGCAGAUCAUGAGAAAACUGGAGCACUGCAACAUUGUCACGUUGCGCUAUUUCUUCUACUCCAGUGUGGAAAAGAAAGAAGAGGUGUACUUGAAUCUGGUACUGGACUUUGUCCCUGAAACGGUUUACAGAGUGGCUCGCCACUUCAGCAAAGCCAAACAGACCAUCCCCGUCAUCUACGUAAAGGUUUAUAUGUACCAGCUGUUCAGGAGUCUAGCCUACAUCCAUUCCCAGGGCGUCUGUCACCGCGACAUCAAACCACAGAAUCUGCUGGUAGACCCGGAGACAGCCAUCCUCAAACUGUGCGACUUUGGCAGCGCGAAGCAGCUGGUGCGCGGCGAGCCCAACGUGUCCUACAUCUGCUCCCGGUAUUACCGUGCUCCCGAGCUCAUCUUCGGCGCCACGGACUACACCUCCAACAUCGACAUCUGGUCAGCGGGCUGCGUGCUGGCCGAGCUGCUGCUGGGACAGCCCAUCUUCCCGGGGGACAGCGGCGUGGACCAGCUGGUAGAGAUAAUAAAGGUUUUGGGGACCCCAACCAGGGAACAGAUCCGCGAAAUGAACCCCAACUACACAGAGUUUAAAUUCCCGCAGAUCAAAGCACACCCCUGGACAAAGGUUUUUAAGCCUCGCACCCCCCCGGAAGCCAUCGCACUCUGCUCUCGUCUGCUGGAGUACACACCUGUCACACGCCUGUCCCCCCUCGAGGCGUGUGCUCACUCCUUCUUCGAGGAGCUCCGGAACCCGGGGGCCAGGCUGCCCAACGGGAGAGAGCUGCCCCACCUCUUCAACUUCAGCGCGGUCGAGAUGUCGAUCCAGCCUCAGCUGAACUCUGUUCUCAUUCCCCUCCACGCUCGCUCACAGUCUGCCACGCCUUCUCCACACGGCGAGGGCAGUCUAGCCGCAGACAGCAGUCCAGCCCAGUCAAGCAGCGGCACGGGGCCAGUCAACAGCACCUCCUGAGUUGAAAGACUGUGUGACAACAACCAUAACCUCCAUCGUUCACCCCGCCCCUCCCACCAGACCACCCUGUGCGUCACUCCACCCGUCUGUCUCUGUCUGUCUGUCCCUCCCUGUCUGUCUCUCACACAGACUUGAGUUCUCUCUCUGCCGCUAAAGCAUUGGGCAGCUAGGGGGCGCUGUGGGAAAACUCGAACUUGAAACUGAACCGAAGAGGCAGGCAAACAAUCAAACAAAAGUCACUCUUAGCAUUUUCGUUUUUAUUGUGUCAUUAGUUUUAUUACUAAUAAUGAUAUUGUCGUUGGUGUUGGUACGGGAUUUUGUUUUUAUGUAUAAAGAAAUAUGUAAUUUUUUUUUUUUUUAAUCUUUACAGCCAGAGGUAGUUUUUUUAAUUUAUUGAUUUUUGUGUUUCAUUUAAUUUUUUUUGGGGGGGGGGGGGCGGCGGGGAGAGGAGUGGUUUUAAACUGUCUUGUCGGGUCCUAUUUUUUUUUUUUUUUUUUUUUUUAAAUCUAAAAUGGAAGGAAACUUCUGGGUUUUUUUUUUUUUUGGUUUUUAUUGCAAUUUCAUAAAUUGAAGAAACGGAACGAGCCCUCUGGUUGUAAAGAUGCGUUUCUGGUUUUAUACUUUUUAGCCUUAACUGGGCCAAGUAGCUCUCUUUUAAAAAGAGAAUCUGCUUUUAGAAAGUAAGUCGCUCGUGAUCAAGCGCUGCCUCCUUGUGGUGAAGCCUGAGGUUGCAGCUGAUUGAUUCUCGCUGUAAUAAAACCACUUUUUUUUUUAUGAUUUUUUUUUUUUUUUUGCACUUCAAGUAGUCUUAUUAUCAAAUCCUUCUUAAAUUGUAGAUAAAAAAUAAAAUAUUUUAAAUCUUUUUUUUUUAAAUUCCUUAUUUGUUUAUUUUUUGAUUUUUACCUUCAUUCUGUGAGCUUAUUAAUAAUAUAAAUAAUAAUAAUAAGACUCCCAUUGCAGAGCACUUUGUGCCAGUCCAGGCAUUACAUGUGUUCUGUGAGCUUAAUUAUAAGACUUGCUUUAGAUGUAAAAUUAUCAUGGUUGGAUUUUUCAGUAAUUUUAAGCUAGGUUGUUUUUUUUUUUUUCCUAAGGUGCCCCUCGAUCCUUGUCAGGGCAGAGCGUGUUUUCGAAGGCGUGUAUUCCACACGUGCAUGUAAACCAUUUUGAAACGUGCCUCUCGCUGAUCCGAACCUGGAACGGCAGUGACGCUCUCUUCUGCGUUUCGUUUCUGCGUGUUGAGGGAGGUGAACGUUGCGUCUCAAACAGAUUUGUAAUUUUUCAGUGUCCUUGUUCUUGCGAACUCUCAAGGCCUGUUGAUGGUGGCUGUGUGUCUAGGCUCUUGAGCUUCUGAGACUUUGUCGUGUAACUAGUCUUGUACCUUAACUAGUGUUCCACUAACCUGCCGUGUUGAGUUACACAGACCUGUCUCCUGUGGUUAGCAUCAUAACUAGUCCUUCACAGACUAGUUUAAGCGCCUUGCCUCUGUGGUCUUGAUGCCUUAACUAGUUGGAUUAUCUCUGCAGCUGGUUGUUUAACUAGUUAGCUGUGUACUCACCAGCUGGUUAAGCACUAGAUGAGCUACUGGUUAGCAGUAUAACUAGUGCUGGUUAGCAGUAUAACUAGUUCUGGUCUCAGUUUCUCGCUCUUGUUUUUUCUUGUCUAACACCCAAGCCUGUUUCUGACCUGCGUUUUAAAAAGGAGAAGUUGAAAUAAAGAAAUCGGAUCAUUUCUAAUAAAAGCCACAGACACGUCAUUGACUGGGGAGGGAUGCCGAAAAAAGAUGAAAAACCAUCUAGAAUUAUUAUUACUACAAUGCUGUUGUCGUUGUUGUUAUUGUUGUUGUUAAUUUAUUAUUCUGCUGAAAAAUUCACAAAAAAAAAAACAAUUUCUUGAUGAAAAACCUGAAGAAAAAAACAAAAACAAAGGUGAAGCAGCAAACUCCCCUGAACAAAACCUGGCUUAUUUGUAAAUAUGUUUUUAUUUCUUCAUCUUUCCUUUUUUCUUGUUUUUUCUUGGUUGUCGCUGUAUUUUUUUCUCAUUGGGUGGAAUGUGACGUUUCACUAAAAUUGAUUCAUUUUUUUUUUUAAGUUCUGAUGAUGUAAAUAUUUUCUGUUUUUGUCACUGUCAUGUUUUUCUGUUGUCUUGUGUUCUCACCUCCAUCCUGUAGUUCUUAAAAGAAAUAUUUUUGCCAGUCACGUAAUUCUCUUACCCCCAGACCUUAGAAACUCUGCAGACUCGC